UCACAACACAGGCCUACUCCUCCUGCCGAUGCAGGGACUGGGAGUCAAGUAGCACAGUGCCAAACAAUCUGGUGGUGGAGGAGGAGGUUUUAUUCAUUCAAACUGCUUUUUUGCCAGCAGCUUGCCAAGCAGGAGGCAUCUCUAUCAGGGAGCUCGUAAUACCUGAUCCCCUCCCCAGGGAGGCAGUGCACAGAGGCAGGUUGCCUUUAGGUGUAAGUGCCAAUACUUCCGGGGGCGUUGAUUAGGGAUGAAAAGGCGAAGGGAGAGAGGGAAAGAGGUGGCAGCCAGCAAUGCAGAAACUGACAGCGAGUACUGACCAAACCGGUUGGAUGAUGUUAUUCCAGUCUCGGCCUUGGGAGUCGUGGAGCUGAGUGGAACACUUUCUCUCUGGGAAGGGGACAGAUUGUGCGUCUGGGAUCUCUGCUCGUGCUCUGCCUUCACUUCCCCGGCGCUGGAAUUGGAAUCCGGGGCAGCAUUUCCCACAGCACGGCCGCUGCCUCCUGAGCUUUCCUUCCCAAAAGCCGAUCGUGGCGCUCGCUGGUGUGAGUGAGUGAGUGAGAGAGGAGGAGGAAGAGAAGGGCAGCUAGUAACCAGACUCGAUCCAGGUCCGAAUUGAAGUACGCGGCUUGGCGCGCUGAUUGUACAUGGAGUUGCUUCCCUAGGGUCUGGGCAGGAUCGGCUCUACUGCUGCUGAAAAUAUACACAUGCUGCACUGCCGGCUAGUCCAGACAUUUUAUAUUCACAGUAACGCGUGAUGUCUAUAGCAGCCCAUUGAAUCCUACACGAAAUUUACUGAAACGCUGCUGCUGCAUUGGGCUCAAUCUCUUCUACCAAAUAUCAGUGUGAGCGGCGUAUAUACAGUAAAAGCUGCGCACCCCUGGCACACACCGUAUAUAUGUAACAUUGUGUUGUAUCUUUCCCAUCGCUACCCCAGCGAUACAGUGACUGAACGGACAGUGCGCUCUGGGAGGCAUCAGCGACAGACUAGUGAGUGCCAGGGUGCAGGUGGCUGCUGAGUGACAGGGCUCCGGGUGCCCGGAUGGUUGCAUGCUGUCACUGACGCUCUCCCCGUGCUUUGCUAAGGAUGUCCAAGGAGCGGGAAUGUGGUUGGAGGAGGCAGCCAGAGGCCGAGGAGAAUGGUUCAGUGUUGCCGGCUUCCAGCUCUGUGGUUCCACCGUCUGAGGAAAUUCCGGCGGCUCCUGUAUCCCCUGGGCGACCCGAGGCCACCUCUCGCUACAACUCGCUGCUCCUGGACUAUGACGGCUCGGUACUGCCAUUCCUGGGCACCUACAACAAGCGGCUGGUGCUGCUCACGUGGAUCCCGGCUCUGUUUCUCAGCUUCAGCCAGUUCUCAGACUUCUUCCUGUUGGAUCAGCCGGACAAGUGGUGCCAGGUGAAUAGCAGCCUGGGAGUGCAUGGCCCCGCCGGGACACGGUCUCAUGGAGGGAAUGACAGCUCAGGGGCCCCGGGGCUUCUUCUCCUGCUCCCCCCGCCACAACUUCCAACCACCCCGGCUCCCACCAGCGCCACCAACCACACGGACAGCUGCCUGUGCAACAAGUGGGACUACAGGAUCCGGGCCGGACUGCUACACAACGUGGUUAGCAAGUGGGAUCUUGUUUGUGACUCUUCUUGGAAAGUCCACAUUGCCAAGUUUUCUCUGCUGGUUGGAAUGAUAUUUGGAUACUUGAUAACAGGAUGUAUUGCUGACUGGAUUGGUCGGCGUCUUGUGCUACUGAUCGCUGUAAUCUUCAAUUUGGUAUUUGGACUGGCAGUGGCCCUUUCAGUAGACGUGAAUAUGUUUAGCACACUCAGGUUUUUUGAAGGAUUCUGCCUGGCUGGAAUAAUUUUAUCACUGUAUGUACUGCGAAUAGAACUUUGCCCUCCUAGUCACAGAUUUAUGAUAACAAUGGUCGCCAGCUUCAUUGGAAUGGCCGGACAGUUUCUCCUACCCGGCAUUGCAGCACUCUGCAGGGAUUGGCAGGUCCUUCAAGCUGUUAUUAUAUGCCCUUUCAUCCUGAUGUUUUCAUACUGGUAUAUUUUCCCAGAAUCCCUGAGGUGGCUCAUGGCCACAAUGCAGUUUGAAGCUUCUAAGAAGCAAAUUCUUCAAAUAAUUCACAGAAACAGGGUGAACAUGGAAAGUGAUAUCAAAGGAGUAAUGCCUGAACUUGAAAGAGAAUUCUACACAAGGCCCAAGAAAGUGUGCAUUGUAAAAGUAGUUGGAACCAGGAAUCUGUGGAAGAAUAUUCUAGUGCUCUGUGUAAACUCACUGACCGGCUAUGGGAUACAUCAUUGUUUUGCAAAAAGUCUGAUGGACCCUGAAAAUAAUACAAGCUUCAUGCACAACUUUUACGUGAACUACUUUGCCAUGGCAGGGAUUGCUCUGGCAUCAUGCCUGGCAAUGUGUCCUGUGGUUGGCUUUCUAGGGCGAAGAGGAGGAUUGCUGCUAUUUAUGAUAUUAACUGCACUAGCAUCUUUACUUCAGUUGGGCCUUCUGAACUUAAUUGGAAAAUACAGUCAGCGUCCUGAAACAGGUUUGAGUGACAUUGUGAAAAAUAAGUUCUCCAUCAUUUUCUCCAUCAUUGGGAUGUUUUCUUCUCAUGCCGUGGGGAGCCUGAGUGUGUUCUUCUGUGCUGAAAUCACACCUACGGUUAUCAGGGGUAGUGGUCUGGGGCUAGUUCUGGCCAGUGCUGGAUUUGGAAGUCUUACAGCCCCCAUAAUGGAGCUCCACAAUCAGAAGGGAUACUUCCUUCACCAUAUCAUCUUUGCCUGCUGUACCCUCAUCUGCAUUAUCUGCAUUUUGCUAUUGCCAGAAAGCAAGAACCAAAAUCUUCCCGAGAACAUCCCUGAAGGAGAACACUAUACCCGCCAGCCUCUUCUAUCACACAGGAAAGGGGAGCAACCACUCUUGCUAACAAACUCUGAACUUAAGGAUUACUCCGGCCUCCACGAUUCUGCAGCCAUGUCGGAUGGAAUAUCUGAAAACACAACCGUAAAUGGUAUUAAAUCAUCAUAACCAAGAGACGCUCAUGGAGGAGCAUACCUAUAUUUAUUUGUUUCCCCCUUUGCACAGGUCUUACAGACCAAACGUACAGUCAGAUUGUCUGACGUGGGUAGAGCCUCCAUAAAGCUGCUAAGCCUUAGGAAACGUCUAUUAACACUCCAGAAUAUGAAGACUUAUGUGGAUUUUUUUUCAUGAUUUCUGAAAUCCUGCCAUUAUUAAAGAAAAAGUAUGGCUUAUUUUCUUAAUUUGAUUUUUAUACCACUGUAUAAGCACUUUUGUGUUUAAUAAUCAACAAGCCCCACCAAACAAAAAGUGCUGAGGGUAUUUUUAUUUUGUCUCUAAUUGUUCCUAAAGGUGUAGAUUACUAAUUAGUCUGCAGUGGGGGACGAUGAUAUAAAGAACUGUUUUUAAGAGCGUUUCAAAGUCAAUGUACGCCCUACUUUUCUCUUUAUUAGGUGUAGGUUCAGAUGCCCAAAUUUCUUUCAGGUCAGUGAGUAGCCUAAAUAUGUAAAUGGUGGACAAGGAGAAAAAUGUCUACAACACUUGAGUUAUCUAAGCUCCAUUGAACAGCUACUGUCUGUAGUUGCAACACUAUUACUGUACAACGAGUGACGCUUAUUAACGUACAUAAAAGAUGACCUAAAGUGGAAAGACUAACAGAUUACCUAACCAUGCGCUAAUGAAUUCUAGGUUAGAAUUCACAUUGUUGUUUUCUAGAAUUUGUGAGCAAUACAGACUUAAUGGGAGAAGCCUAUGAGCUGCUGCUGCUCCAUUCCUGUAAGACGAGGCUUAUCUACCAUUUAACCCUCAGGUUUCACAUCUUAUAUUGACAACUUUUAGGAAAAAGGUUUAUAAAAAUGUUUGGUAGGAAUGUGCCAAAUAUUGCUCGCUAUUAUCCUCCUGUAUAAACAAAACAGAUCCUGCUUCUACAAGUCAGUUACCUUUUGUUAUUUAUGGAAACAGUGGAAAUAUGAGCUAAGUCAUUGGGAUCCUAUUUAAUGCUGCUGCAGACUGAUAUGAGAGAGAGUACUUGGACUAUUUAGUUGUCCGUGUAGGACAAAAGUAAGACAUCAGCUACAACUCCUACAGCUACAACUCGUACAGCCUGUAUGUAGGCACCUCUGCUGUGUGGCUCAGCCUUGCUGCGUUCCCAGCCUUGUGGCAAAGUGAGGAAAACAGAAGACAUUACAAAUAAAGCAAUGCAAAUACCGAUGCCCAUGAAAGCAGAAAAGAAGUAACAUUUUUCUGCUUUCAAUUACAUGCUUCUGUAUUUAUAUGCCUCCAUAGUCAAUAAUGUACCCCCUUUCCUUUUAGUGCUGGGUGUCUGAAUGGAUCUUGCACCUACUGCAGCCCAAAAACUAAGACAACCCUUGUGUACAGGCUACAGCCUUUAAGCAUAAUGGUGAGUGAGCAGAAGCCUUAGGAUAUUUAGCAUUUCUGUGGGACAUUUACUAUCUUGUAGUAUACUUAAUGUGAAACAGUGCGUCUGGAACAGGCAAGUAUGGCCCUCUUUCUUAUAAAAGGGAUCAUCUUGCUUGCUUUAAAAUGAACUUUUUGGCUGCCGAGAAGUGUUCUUGGCUAUGGAUUUUUUUCCCUGUUACUUAUCCAGGAAUAAAUACAAAUUAAUGGAUGAAUUUUGAAUACAAUUAAGAAUGGGUUAUGUCUUAAAUAAGUGUCAAAUUGAUAGCAAAUGGACACUACUGAUUUGGAAGGACAAAAUACACAUGCUGGUCGAAACCCAUUGUACUGACUCAGCUCUCAGUACCAAAGAAAGGUUGUUCAGAAACCAGGAAUAAAACAACAAUUUAUGACAAUUAUGGCCUAAGUAAAUGGUUCCUACGCCUCGCCUUGACAACACCCAAUUACCUACCCAGCAUGGAACUGAAAUCAUAAUCUUGAUGAACUGUUAGAAUAGAGCUUUACUUGUUCAGCAGCCAUUUAUCACAAUGUGAAUGGAGCUGCUGCGAAACGGUCUACUUCAUUGGUACAAAACCUGUAGCUUUCCAGCUGUUGGGCAAUUGUAUCUUAAUUUACUAACGACAGCUGAGCAACAGCAGGAAAGGGAACAGGUUGUCUACUCUUGGAAAAACAAUGUGGGUCAUCUACUUGAAAUCUCCUACAUAAGAAAUUAAAGUGGGAGGUCAAAUGAUUUGAUGCUUUAUGAAAAAACAAAUCCACGGUUAGUUUUUAAGAAUAUCGUAAGAAUGAACAAGAUUUGCUUAGCGCAGAAACAAAGUAAUCAAAUCAAUGUGAUUUUUGUGAUUUGAUGAGAGAUAUCGUUGGGAUUGUACAGAUGAAAAAUAAGUGUUUGUAUUUUAUUGAAUGUUGCUUAAUGUUGUAGAGCAAAGUAAUAGGGCCACCAAACUGGAAGAAGUGCCAUUAUUUGAUCUGAGUGUUAACCACAUCACUAUAGGAGGGGCUACAGUACACGGUAUCUCUUUUGAAAUAGAUGAGGUUAUAAAGCACCUUAAGAAUUGUGUGUUCAGAAUUGUAGUGUGUGCUUUUGGGGAAAUGCUAGUUUAUGUAAACGAAACUAAAAAAAAAAUUCACAUCGAUUUCUGUGUAUCAAACGAAUAACCGUAAAUAUCCUCUGUGCCGUAAUUUACAAGCAAUCACCAAUGGAUUUGUAGGCAUUGUACUGUAUUUUUACCAAACCACUACUACUGCUUGUAUCAUUAUCCAUCAGCUAAUUUCCAUAAUUUAACAGAUUGGCCAUCUCCGACAUUGUAUAGUACACUGGGAAAGAAAGAUGCUACUGCAACAAUGGCAGUGUUUCUGGAAGCCUGUACUCUAACCUGUGCUUUCAAGGACAAAGAGCACAUGAUAGAAACUCCUAUACAUUGCACUAUAAACUAGAAGGUAAUGAUCUUUGGUGUACUUACUUGGUCUUGUGUUUCAAUGGGCUCGGCGGUCUCUUAACUGCCCUAGGGAUUUUGUGUCUGUCUUUUUUUAUGUUACCUGUACAUCAACAAAGGAAGGAAAGUGGUAAUAUUUUUAAGUUUUUUUUUCUUUUUUCAACAAUUGAUGGCUUUAUCUGCCAAAAUUUUAAGUAGGAAAUUGUUUUUACUGUUUUUUAUUUUAUUAUUAUUCAUAAGAAGUAGUCUGGUGGUGCUCAUCCAUAGCACAAGCUUCAAAUCAAGUACUGCAAAUGUCUUAGAAGCUAAAUGUGUGCAUGUCAUCUGGUUGUAUCUGAGCAAAAUACUUUGUACUGUAAAUGUACAGAAAUAAAAACAUAGAAACUGGCA